AUGUCGAAUUAUCGGGAAACGUCAGUCUUUCCGCGCAUUAGUCAUUCGUUUCCCGAGGCCUCGACCGGGAUCUCUCCCAGCUUCACACUUGAACAUCCAAUCUAUCACUCAAAUACUGCCCGCUGUCCUUGGCAUGGCAUCACACAAACAUGUCGCGGAGGUCCCGCGCACUCUCCUUCCUCGUCUGACCUGGAACAGCGCCUCGUCACGUCCUUCCAUAACCAUCACCCUCCAUGCCGCGCCCGCAAGUCAAAGACCUCUUCAAGGCUGGAGUCCUUUGAGCCGACAAACACACUCACUCUCUCGUUUCCCGACGACCUUCUCCUCCAACGGCACCAUCUUCAACCCCCCCCAUCGAACCCCAUCCGUCACAAUGGCGUCUAUGUGGCAACCUUUAAUGCAGCUCGGCGUGCCUUUCACGCAACACCGGCGCGACCUCGCGAACAUCAUUUCGACACGCUAAAGUUUGUGAAGCGCCUUCAGACGGAAGGCUUCAGCGAGGAACAGUCCGUGGCUAUGAUGCGGGUACUGAACGAUAUCAUUCAGGAGUCUAUCCAGAACUUGACCAGAACUAUGGUUCUCCGGGAAGACUCGGAGAGAUCAACAUACACACAGAAAGUGGACUUUGCUAAGCUACGCUCGGAGCUGCUUAAUGCAGACUCCACCGAGGCUCAGUUGACUCGCUCAUCCCACGAGAAGAUUGCAGCAGACCUUGCCAAGCUCAACUCCCGACUCCGUGAUGAAAUUGGUCGGACUCAAGCUUCUGUCCGGUUGGAUUUGAAUCUUGAGAAGGGUCGAAUUCGUGAGGAAGCAAACGGCCAGGAAAUGCGGAUCAAGGAAACCGAAACACGUAUUGAGCAGGAAGUGGCUGGCUUGAGAGAACGGGUCGAGGCUGUCAAGUUCUCAACGUUACAGUGGCUCAUGGGUGUCUGUACCGGUACCGCCGCUUUGAUUCUUGGUGCCUGGCGCCUUUUUAUGUGA